CAUUUUACCUAUUUGCAGCCCCUAAUUCCGAAUCUGAAGCACACUUCCCUUCCUCCAUCGGAAAAAGUGUCGCCUGUACUGUUUUUCUCCGAUCGGCCAUUGACUCAGAGGACGAAGACGAAUAAGAGGAAGCAACGGCCACCUACCACCAUUGAUUUCUGCAUUGAGUCCUCCAUUGAUAUUGCCGCUGCGCCACCUCUCACCGCCAUAUACGAGGAAGCAACGGCGACCAGGUUCUCUCUUUGCAUAAGGCUGUUGAUUGAUUGGUGGCAGCUAGACGUGGAUAGCAUAUCGAACUUGGUGCUUAUGAUAAGGAUAAAGCAACUGAAUCAUCCUUGAAGAAUAAUACAACUUCAGCUUCUCCAUUGAACUUGGCUGCAUAUUCUCAAGCCGUUAAUCAUUGUGACUGCAGUAACUGCAUGAAUUCUUGAGGUAUUGGGAUCCAUGGAUACUCCUGUGAAAUCCUUGAAUCCCAACAAACAUCUCAAGGAACAGUUUGUUAGCAACCUCAGCGGGUCUUCUAUGCUCGAAUUGUUUUCUCUCACGGCAGUUCUCUCUAUUGUGAUACUCUUGCAACGUUCUUUUGGCUUCAAUUCUCAAACUGGUGCUGAUUCUGCAGAGGCUUUGUCAAAGAAGGAUGAGAAUGAUAAUGGUUUUUUACAUACUAAGAACUUGGCCAAGUACAUUGCUACACUUUCCCUGGAUUUCCUCUACAUAGUUGUUCCAUUCAUUUUAUAUACAACUGUUCUAGCAGAUUGGACUUAUAUAAAUACAACUAUUGUUGCCUUGUUGGUGCUGUUAUGUAUUUUGGCUGGAAGAUUUGGAUCUUUUUUUCAGGAAGAUGGGGUUCAAUCUCAUAGACAAAACAUAUCAUCCUACAGGGUAUCCACGGUGCUUCUUACAUGCUUAUGUAUUCUGGCUGUUGACUUCAAAAUAUUUCCAAGAAGAUAUGCUAAAACAGAGACUUAUGGGACUAGCUUGAUGGAUCUUGGUGUAGGCUCAUUUGUAUUGGCAAAUUCAUUGGUUUCACGACAGGCACGUGGUAUCUCAACACUGAAGAUAACUAAUUCAUUGCGUUCAACUAGCCCGCUAAUAUUUCUAGGCUUUGCCCGACUUAUUUCUACAUCGAGUGUGGACUAUCAGGUUCAUGUAGGGGAGUAUGGAGUGCAUUGGAAUUUCUUUUUCACACUUGCUGGUGUGACAAUCCUAACAUCAAUUAUCAAUGUUCCUCCGAAUUACUGUGGGAUACUGGGCUUACUCAUUCUUCUAGGGUACCAAGUUUUAUUGUUACUUGGACUGAAUGAGUAUCUGCUUUCAGAUAAAAGAGGAGCAGAUCUAAUUAGCCAGAACAAGGAAGGAAUUUUCAGCAUUUUUGGUUAUUGGAGUUUGUAUCUUUUUGGGGUCCAACUAGGAAACUUUCUUUUCUUCGAGAACCAUGCUAAUUCUUCGUUGAGAACCAAUAAAUGGGCAAGAAUUAGAGUUUGGGUUCUAUCUCUCUUAUUCUGGUUCUUGACAUACAUUCUGGACAGGCACGUUGAGAGGGUUUCCCGCAGAAUGUGCAAUUUGGCCUAUGUUACUUUAGUAUUGGCUCAAAAUCUACAGGUUUUGGGGAUAAUCAUGCUCUCUGAUUACACACCCAGACACAAACUUUCUGCAUUGGAGGAAGCGUUUAACCAAAACCUCCUUGCAUCUUUUCUUCUGGCUAAUGUGCUCACUGGGCUCGUGAAUCUAUCUGUUGACACCCUGUUUGUUUCGUCCGUGUCAGCACUCGCAAUCUUACACUUGUACGCAUUCGUUUUAUCUCUUGCAGUCGGAUUUGCUAAAUUUUAUGGCAUCAAGUUCAAGUUCUGGUAAUGAAGCCUGUAUUAACUAUUAAGUACCACUCAGAUUUCACUAACCUCGUAAUAUUUUAAAGACACCAGUUCCAUUUAUUUGCACUAUAUCAGUUUAAUUUGCUUUCAAACUAAAAUCUGUUCUUUUCACCUCAUUACUAAUAGAUCCUGAAUAGUUAGAGCAAAA